AUGGCUUUCAGCUUUGGAAACUCUAAUAUGGGUAGCCCGGCUGCGGGGGCGGGUGGCAAUGUACAAGCAGGUCCUGAUCUUGAGGAUAUCCAAACCGAGGGUCUUGGGUUUCUAGCACUAUCUGGAGAAGCUAAGGUCCAGCUACUGCCGACACCAUGGCCGUCGAAUCAACUCCCUCCUCCGAGCGCCUCCCUCAUGAGCGUGGCUUCGAAAAAGGGUCUCGUUGCCGCAGCAGGCCCCGACGCAAUUAUACUAGCAACUACGAAGUCGGUACGAGAAGCUUUUGAGGGCAAGGAAACGGGUGAUAACCACUUAAAACCGUUCCAACCACAACUGCGGCUGCCUAUGCCCAUGCGGAUAUCACAGCUCGCAUUUUCCGCAGACGAGCAGUACCUGGUAUUAUCCGCAGAGACUGGUGGCGGACUAGCGGUAUACGAUGUACAAGCUUUGAUGGGAGGUUCUACACAGUCAGCCUUUGAGUUAUCGACAAAUGGACAAUCUCUAAGGGCUUUAACGCCGAAUCCAACACCGGAGAAGGGAGAGCUACUUGCAGUUGUAACCGUUGAUGGAAACUUAUUGAUGGCCAACCUUAAGAAACGGAAUUUCAUCCAGGGUCCCAACGGCCAGGUUCUGAAGGAUGGCGUCAGCUGUGUGUCGUGGAGUACGAAGGGAAAGCAAUUGGUUGCAGGACUUGGAAACGGUGCUGCAUAUCAAAUGACCCCGGAAGGCGUUGGGAAGGGGGACAUCCCAAGACCUCCCAAUGCGAACAGCGGCGAUCAUGUUUCUUCGAUUACGUGGCUGGAGAAUAAUGUUUUCCUUAUGGUACAUACUCCCUCCGGCUUCGACGGUGGAAUGGCACCAAAUUCCUCCAUUCACCUCGUCACUAGGGAGCUGCCAUCGAGCUUUAUGUUUCAGAAGAUCUCCGAUCCUGCUGGCCCCUUUGGCAUGAAUCGAUCGCCCCCGCAUCAUUUCCUCUUGCGAUUAAAAGACUUCCCGCCUAAUCUCCAGGACGUGCUCAUUGUUGCUUCAACGGCAUCUACAGAUAUUGGGAUAUUCAGCAGAUCUAAAACGCCGCUGACUGCCGACAAGCCCGCGGAUAAAGUGACAGGCGUCUUUACGAUGACUGAAAUGUCCGACGAUUCCCGGCGAGCCCAACUCCCCAUGUCCGGUGGCUUGAGUGAUACGUCCCCCAUUGGUCUUGCUCUUGACCUUUCUAGCACAGAAAAGGUUAUCAAGCCGAUACCAAGUGACGAGAUGGACGAGUCACCUACUCCAUUGCCAGCUUUGAUGGUUCUAAAUAACGAGGGAGUGCUAGCAUCAUGGUGGGUAGUAUAUUCAGAAUCGAUACGCCAAGGUACAGUAUAUCCUGGGCUUGUUGCGGCUGGAGGUGCGGCGCCUACCCAAGCAUCCCCAGCACCGGCGCAACAAUCCUCACCGUUUGGUGCUCCAAAGCCAGCUUUCGGCUCCUCUGCAUUCGGAACCCCAAGUGCAGCCCCCGCCUUUGGAAGCGCACAGCCUACAUCUGCUUUUGGGCACCCUUCACUUCCGGGCCCUUCGGCAGGUGCAUUUGGCGCUCCAUCAGGCCUUGGUAGUAGCAAAUCACCAUGGGGAGCACCAGCUGCCUCAAGUGCAACGCCAACUGGUGGCGCCGCUUUUGGAGCGCCAGCCUUUGGCUCCUCUUCUGCUCUUGGUUCAGCAUCACCCUUUAGUAAACCGGCAUUUGGUUCGACAAGUACUCCAGCAUUUGGUGGUGCAGCUUUACCUGGAAACCGUCCUUCUCCUUGGGCCACUGCUUCUACUGCCCCAACUGCCGCCUUUGGUCAAGCAAGUAGCUUAGCCAAACCAGCUACACCCUUCGGAAGUUCUUCUGCCAGCGCUGGGUCUGCAGCUCCCACUUCUGGGGGGUUCUCUGCGUUUGCAUCUAAGGGGGGGUUUGCGGCUGCAGCAGGAGCUCAAAAUGCAACUGAAAGUAUAUUUUCCAAGCCAGCCCCGUCUUCCUUUGGGACGCCUAGUAACGGUACGUCAACCGGGGGUAUAUUUGGAACCAGCAAUCAGACCAGCAACCAGCCAAGUAGCGAUGUCUUUGGUUCAACCAAAUUCAACCUCGGCAGCACAUUCAAGGCCGAUACAUCUGAUAAGGACGAGGCUCCAGCCGCAAACGAGCCUAAGAGUUCUUUCUUCGGUGGCGCCUUUGGCAGUGCUCUUGGAGAGGCGGCAAAGCAACCAGCUGCAGAAACCCCUGUAUCAAAAGAUGCGGAUAUGGAUACUGCGGAUGAGGUUGCAAAGCCCGAGGAACCGAUCAAGGAUUCAACAACUCCGGCAUCUACUCCUGCUCCUUCCAAGUUCCAGUCCUUCUCGGUAACAACACCAACAUCCACUGGUGGUCUGUUCGGAACUGUAGCCUCACAGCCAUCGCCUCCUACGGCUGCUAAGCCGGCUUUCUCAGCUGGCUUCAAUUUCGGCAAACCGUUGCCGGAGAGCAAUAUUGAGGAUCAGACGAAGGCUAAGACGCCCGCUUUCAAGACCCCAAUUACCAUUGAACCUACCCCGGCUUUUACCAAGACCGUCGCACCCCCUUCAUCGCCCCCUAAGAUUAAGCAGGAGCCGAAGGUAGAUGAGACUGAAGGCGUUAGUGGCGAGAUACCUGAAGCCCCAUUACCACCUGAUCCGACAAGUAAGACUAGUUAUCCGAUGGGAGGUUCAUCCUGCUCAUCUAUUGAAACUGACGAACCACUUCCUCCAGAUUUUAUUCCCAAGACCGGAACCCAAGACAUCCAGUCUCCCCCACCCCUCCGAUCCCCACCAUCUCCCGCCGAAAAGCCAGCCUUAAAACCAAUCCCUGCUGAUUUGAUUCCUCCCAGCGAUGUCCCAGGCGGUCCCGAAGAGGAGAGCGACGAGUCAGGCUUCUUGACCGAGGAUGAAUAUGAACGUGAACAUAGUGAAGAGGGCAGCGAAGAGGGUAGCGAAGAAGGUAGUGGUGAGGAUGUUGCCCAAGAUUUAAGCCCUAUUUCAGACGCAAACCAAACCACCCCUGGGUUUACACCACAAAACUCGUUCGGCGGCUUGAAGAAUAAGACCGCCGAAAGCAGCCUAUUCACGAAGAUAUCGAAACCAAGCCAACCGACCACUGGACGAACGUUAUUCGGAGAAAUUGGCGCUUCAGCCCCAUCACUUCCGCCUCUCAAACUUCCACAAAGCCCCCGAUCUCCGAGCCCAGUGCGAACUGCAUUACCCCCAAGAAUGCUAAGACCCGAGGGCUCUCGAUCAGUAAGUGCCCCAGGCGUUGCAUCGCAAUUGUUGGGCCCUCAGAGACUUAGCGGCACCUCUCCUCCCAAAACCUCGUUCGCCCUUACGCUUGAGCAACAAAGGGCAGAGGAGAAGCGACGUGUUGAAGCCAAAGCCCGAAAAGACGCGGAAGAGGCCCAAGCCCUUGUAGAUGAGGAAGAUGAGCAGAUGCAAAAAUUCCUCGCGGAGGAUAUCAUACCCACAAGAACUUUAGAUGAAUUCGUGGCCCAUACUGACUAUGUUGGCGGUGCCGCCAUGGACAACAUUCCAGCUCAAGUUGAAGCUGUAUAUCGCGAUAUCAACUCCAUGAUCGACACACUGGGUGUCAACGCAAGAGCCAUGAAAGCUUUUAUCCAAGGCCACACCGAACAAUACAAGGAGGAAGGUCGCACUAAGGAGGAUCUUGAAAACGAGGAAGACUGGUGUUUAGUAGAAAUCGAGGAUCUGUCUUCACUUGUGCAGAACGAUUUAACUCGAGAACUUGAGGAUGGCCGAAUAAAGGAUGUUGCUAGUAAGCUUGAAACUUGCAACGAUCUCCAAAAGGACCUCAUCAAGCUCCGGGCAAAGCAUGAGGAUAUCAAAAAACUGAUUCAAGCGCAUCGAGACCCCGAGCAGGUUGCAAUGUCUCGUGCACAACCCUUGAGCGCCGAGCAAAGUGCUCAGCAAAGCGAAUUGAGAAGAGAGUUCACAAAAUUCCAGAAGCUCCUCUCCGAAGCCGAGGAAGGGUUGACGGUUCUCAAGGGAAAUAUCGUAUCUCAAGCAACAUCAACCGGUAGGGCAAAUGGCUCUACAGGGCCUACUGUUGAGGCUGUGAUGCGAACAAUUACCAAGAUGACCAGCAUGGCGGAAAAGCGAAGUGGAGAUAUCGAUGUUCUCGAAGGGCAAAUGCGCAAGCUCGGGCUACAAUCUACGGCCGGUGUCGGCAGCCGAGAAGGAUCACCAUUUUCAACUCCACAACCCCAUAGACAAUCACUCCGACAAUCUAUUAAUCCCGGCUCAUAUGGCUUGUUUUACAGUCCUGAAAGCACACGCACUUCGCGGAACCUGCAAAGUUCAUUCAGGUCUUCCACUGGCUCGUUGGGGCCCAACUCUCCAGCGCCUAGGAAGAAGAUGAGCGGUUACUCGGCUGACGAGAAGACACAGUUGAGGACCAAACUGGCUAGGAGGAAUGAGGUUUUGGGAAGAUUGAAGGGCGCUUUGGAGAAGGCUGGUACUAAUGUUAGGCUUAUGGAUGAUAAUGAAUGA